CCCUGGACCGUUUCAGAUAAAUCGUCACCGGUGUUGGUGGCCGUGAGCGGGAAUCGAACUGGGGUCUCCUGCGGCUCUCGUAGCUAACCGCUGCUCCACCCCUCCACCCCCCCACAGUUCUUCCGGUGCCUGCGGACGAUGUUCUUCACGCUGCGCUGGAGGGUCAACCUCAGCCGAGUGGGCAUCGUGUGCCCGCAGUCGCAGCGCCGCCCGCGGCAACGCGAGGCCGCGCGACCCAAGAAGAAGGCCACCUUCAACUCCAGCUCCAUCGUCUUCAUCAUCUCGUCGAGCGAGGAGGACCCCGUCGAGCCCGCCGACGCCGAGGGAGAGAAGAGUGACGCGCUCGCCGCCCCGGCGGACACGUGCGUCGUUCAUGUGAAGCCCACGUGACGAGCGAGAACGUGGCUCGCGUUCACUUUAACCGCGGGGCGUUUUCAGGACACGCGCGCGGAGCGCGACUCGGACCGUCUAAAAGAUCCGGGGAAGAUGUUUCUUGCGCGCAACAACCCCCCUCGCCUCUGUCCACGUGGAGCGAGCCACUCGAAGUUAGUCCCGGGUGGUUGACUCGGCGCCAGUGUUUUUUUCCACGUGUGCCAUAGCAAUGUGGAUUUCUCGCCAAUGGCUCGGGGUUGUAAACGGAAGAGCCACCACCCCCAAUUGUUCGUUUGAGCGGUGAGAAAUCAUUUUGACUUUCGCCCUACCCCAGCCGGCAGUACUAACACGCGCGCCGCGAUCGUCCUGCAGGUCGCGUGCGGUGGGGUGAAGCGUUGGGCACUUCCAUCUCUUCGAAGAUAAAAGAGUCGGCCGAAACAUCCGAUGGGAGGGAAGCUCAAGAUCUCCGUCUAGUGGAGGCCCUGCCGCCAGCAGUGGCGUGAGCGGCCUUUCUCAGGACUGCGCCUUUAUAUUUACAUGUCAACAGGUAGCCUACACGUACGCAUGCAUGCAUGUUGAACUUCUUUCGCACCGUACGUAGCCAACCGUGCCGAUUGGAGGUGCGAGAUGGUACAUGCGGAGUCAAACGAUGCGAUAGCAAGUUGCCAUAUUCUGAAAGGAUCUGCAUGCACAGACAUUCCAGGGUCGUGAAAAUACCAGCACGAGAUAUUCAAACGCAAAUCACGCGGUGACUAUAUCCUCCAUGCGGGUUGUACGUUCGCGCGCGAGACAAUCAGUGCAUUCGUGACUUGAAUUCCGACCGGGAGACGAUGUCCGGGUUUUUUCUUGGCUUCGGAACGAGGUCGUUGAUUUUGAAAACGUCGACAGGUUUGGCCGGUUUCAAUCAUUCAACGACCCGAAUUAGUAUGAGCUCGUCUGUCGGGAGUGAAUUCCCUUGGUGUCCAAAGCCACGUGCGUGCGUGCGUGCAUGUAUGUACGAGGUUUUACAAAAUAUAUAUGGAUUAAUACAUUUGGAAAUGUACAAUCUAUUUAAAAUCAUAAUUACUCUUUAAUAUUCUCAAUUUGUUGUGGUACACCAAUAAUAACUAUAAAGACGCAAAAAGUAAAUCUUAAAUCCAGUCGCUUGAACUCUUGGCAGCUACUUUCAUGACUGAUGCCCCUUUUUAAAAUAUGCACAUUGUACAUAUACAGAAUGUGAACAUGUUUCAUAUACAACAUUAAUGCACGAUAUUGUAGACUAUAUUCAUUUCCUUUAGUUUAAAAAAAGUGUUUAAUAUUUUUUACACGCGUUUACAUCUGAAAAACUACAUCAGCUGGCACGUUUGCCAAUGACGCGACAACAUGAUUUGAUUAGCUAUGUGAAUUAUUGGAGUUUAAUUGGCAUUGUACAAACCCGACCAUCAAACUCCAAAAGAAACGAAUUAUGAAUCGUAAUAUUGGUCGUGAAAGCCCUACGUAGAAAUAUGUUAUUGCCUCCAGAAUUUCUCCACGGGAUUUCAAGAGGAUGCAUCUGCAAAUGCCACACUCUAGACCAGUGGUUCUAAACCUUCACUACAGCCUUGCACCCAUUUGGUUCUCAAUAGUAUUUUUUAUAAUGUUAAUAAAUACAUGGGGUUUUAUUAAACAAAGUAUUUGUUUUUAAGUGCCCGUGCUACGUUUGUGUUUCGAUGAUUUACCUUCCAAAAAAAAUCUGCCCACGUCUCGCACCCCCAGAAAGGGCACCUCGCAGCCCAAUUUAAGAAGCGCUGCUGCAGACGUUACACACAGUAUGUUGUGUACACGCGGGCGCGUCUGUACAUAUCGUUCGUCACUAACUCAUUCCUGUUUAGAGUUAAAAAAAUAAAUGUCAGCACUUAAGCAACGUACUGUGUCUGCCCUCUGCUACCCUUACACAGCGGCCUACGCAACAACUGUUAUACCCAAGGUGGCCACCCUACCCAAUCAAUAAUUAUCCAGACUCAAUCGGAUACGAAGAGCGGUCGAGAUCUGACGAGAUCGAGAAUGUGAGCAAUACGCAAGAAAAAUAUUGGAUGCAGUUAUUAAUCUUGUGACGCUACCACGUUGUGUUUGAAAGAAAGAAUGCCGUUUCGAAUUAAUCAUCUAGCUAACCGUCGUAACCACGUGCCUCUCAUUGAAUUAGGAACACUAUGAGUCAUACUGCCAAUCGCCAGGGAGAUUUCGGUCAUUAAACAAAGACGAAGAUCCCCCGUAUAGCCGUA